AUGACUAUCCCUGUCGGACCCCGUCCAAUGACUCCAUUCGAACUGGAAAACAUCCUCAAGUUCGUCGUUCUUCAACCGGCUCGCCCUUGCGUGGCUCUCUGGAUCCUCGUAUUCGACAAUAUUCUACAAGGCAACGGCUCAAUGAUCUUCAUUGAUCCGAUCCUCUCCAACCCGAUAUUCUUUUCUAUGCGUUUCCGUAUUCCCGAUGCUCAACUCAUCUCAAGAUCCACAUCUUUCGGGCGCACGUUGCUGCCGGCUUUCGAUUUUUCAGGCAACGAUCACAUCGAGGAGGAGCUCUUCACAGCAGUCUAUUUGGAGGAGGUGAAUGAGACCGAAUCGCACAGUAUUCCCGACUUGAGCCAUCCGGUCCUAGGCUUUAUCAUCGCGGGAAUCAAUCGAGAGAUCUAUGGUGAGUCUCAUAUUUAA